AUCGACGUGUGGCGGGCUACGAGUGCCAAAUAACUGGAAGGCGCACACACGGUGCCAUUUCGAAACUCGACAUUUACCCGCGAUCUAGCAGGAUGCGGCAGUCGUUGUACGUUUAACGCGGUAAGCGCGCGCGCCGGUCGUAUAUGUAAUACUUAUCCACGUCUUUGAUUUUGACGCAUUAAACUGGCGCGAUUUCGGUUACCCUUCGACGUUUUAAGAAGUGUUCGUUAUUCAAUUAGAAGGAUGACGACGGAAAUUGAUAAGGACGAGCUGAAAAAACGUUUGACGCCGUUACAGUGGCACGUGACACAAGAAAAAGGAACUGAGAGGCCAUUCACUGGUUGCUACAAUAAAUUUUAUCAAAACGGUACAUACACGUGUAUCGUUUGUGAUCAGGAAUUAUUCUCGUCUGAUACAAAAUAUGACAGUGGAUGCGGUUGGCCUGCAUUUAAUGAAGUUUUAGAUCAAGGACGGAUUAAGUUAACCAAAGAUACGUCUCAUGUUGGUGGCAAUCUACUACUGCUGAUCGCAAACCCAGAUAUGGUGCGGACUGAAGUGACCUGCUCAAAGUGCGGUGCACACCUGGGACAUGUAUUCAACGAUGGUCCAAAACCUACUAGGAAGCGCUUUUGCAUCAACUCUGCUUCGAUACAUUUUCAUGCAGCAGGCGAAGAAAAGAAGUAAAUUUCCUUAAACAAGAAUUUUUCUUUUAACAUUAAAUUUUCUCAAAGACAUUUACGAUUCUUCUGAUUGCUUUAACUUUUGAACAUAGUAGAUUUCGUUAAGAAUCUUUUUACAUCAAUUCUGCUUUCUUGUUUAAAAACAAGAUUUUUAAUUGUAACGUAGAAUAUAUAAUACGUUAAUAAUAUUUGUAAAUUAGCAUAUUAAUAUUAUUAAUAAGUAUGGUCAAUUAAACUUUCACAAUCAUCCAUUACAAUAUACAAUUAUAAAGCGUGCUUCCAUGCUGAUAUUGUAUUAAACUAAGCAAAAAUUUGUUUACUUAAUAUAAGAUAUAACAUCCCCAUACAUAUUAUACAACUGCUCUUGAUGUAACAAUUUCUAACUCAACUAACAUGAUAUUAUAUGUUUCUUUAUAAUCAGAUCUGAAUUGUGUAACACAUUAUUUAUGUAUAUAAUUAUGAUAUAAUCAAUACAAAAAGGUGAUAAAAAUAUUA